AUGGCCGCUUCAGAAAUCCUGCCGAGUCACAAGGCUCUAUACCUCGGUGCGAAUGGCGACAUCGCGAUCUUGGACAUGGGGCCUGGCUCCCCAUAUACGCCGCAAAACAGCCAGAGCUUGGUGCGCGUCCGGUACUCAGGCAUCAAUCCCGGCGACGUCCGCCACUUCUGGAUGGGAAUGAACUCGUUCGUCAUGGGCUACGACUUUUCCGGGACCGUCGUUGACUCGGGGCCCAGCUCCCCGUUUUCCCCCGGCGACGAGGUACUGGGCAUGACGUUUCCCGGGCAUCAGCGUGCCAUGCAUGCGGGCGCCCACCAAGCCUUCCUGCUGGCCGAUCCAUACAUGACGUGGCGUCGGCCUGCCGACCUCCAAGCACGCUGGGCUGCAAGUAUGGCCACAGCAGCGCAGACGGCCGCCGACGCCCUCUUCAACUGUCUUGGCUUCGGGCUCGAGGCGGCUGGAGUCGACGGAAACAGCACACGCGGCCAGGCACUGCUGAUAUGGGGGGGCUCUAGCUCUGUGGGCUGGGCGGCACUGCACCUGGCACGUGCGGCUGGCUUUGAGGCCGUCUUUGUGACGGCCUCGCCGGCGAACCACGAGGCGCUGCGAGCAGCAGGGGCCGCACGCUGCUUCGACUACCACAGCCCGGCAGUCGUGCACGACAUUAGACGGGCGGCAGAAGACCUGGCACUCCCUCUCUACGCCGUCUUCGACGCUGUUGGAGCGGGCCUAGGCAUCUUCGAACCGCCAAGGGCCCGAGUCCAAGACUUCAGCAGAAGCAGCCCAGCCGUUGCAAAGCUCUGUCUUGCAGAUGGCGCCCUGGCCAGGGGAGAGGCUCGGCUGUGUUGUGCGCUCCCGGUGGCGCAGGACGCAGACUGGACCUUUGCCCUGUUCUCGAGGAAGGGGGACAUGCAAGAGACACAGCACCCGGGGUGGUGGCAGCGACAGGACAAGGUCGUCAGCUGGCUCAUCGACAAUCACGAGUCGGCGUGGAGGCCGCUGCCCAAGAUAUCCGUGGUGGAUACCGCGGAGGGUGCUGUAGUCGCUCUCGGGGACGCGUUCGAUGGGAAGCUGAGCAUGCAGAAGGUGUUGAUGCAGCAUCCUCUCAGGUGA